AUGGCAGACGCACUCGCUAUCAUGCACUGGCAUACCAGAAUCGACGCCAUGGAUAUUGAGUUCGUCCUAGGAAGCACCCCAUUCGACCACAAUUCCGUUCGUCGCCCUCCACCGCUUCAAGACAUCGUGCGUCUUACACCUGGAACUAGUACAUUUGAGCGCACCACGAACACAGUCCCUAACUUCAAGAAACGCAUCGUGAGCCUCUGGAUGCUUGACUUUGAUGCCUGUGGUCCGAUCACAAUGAAUACAGCAGGAGUUAACCAGGCAAUCAAGGCAUUCAUCGAAAAUGACCCCUACUGUCCUCGUCCGCACAUGGAAGACGCUUACUCAGAGCAACUGUGGUGCUUCUUUUCUCGGCGCUACCUGGAGACAGGAAGAAAGAUAACUGCUGGUAGUCCUUCGCAGUCAUUGCCGCAGCAGUUUAUCCAGGGUGUUAUUGCCAAGCUGUCGCCGCCAGAUCAAACAGGUACAUCUUCAGGGAGUAGAGGGCCUGCACCUCCACAACGAGCCCAAUCGAGCCGGACCCCGCCUCGACAUGUUCAGGGGGGACAAAUGGGUGGUAGGGGCUCCACUAGUGGCUCGCCAAAGAAAGCUCCUAGCAAUCGAGGACGAGGUCGAGGGCAGGGACGAGGGUAUCGUUGA